AUGAUUAAAAAACGAUCCAAUAUCGUUGAGUGGACAUCAAUCGAUGAACAACAUGAUGAUGAAAAAACACCAUUAAUGGAACAAUCAAUGGAUAAUGAAAAAUCUAUCCGUUAUGCUGAUAUUAAUUGUAAUGAAACAGCAGUAAAACCAAGUGUUGUUCUUCGAUUUGAUAGAUUUCCACCCAGAUCCGAAUCAGAAUUGACACAGAAAUCAAAAUUUAAUGAAACAUAUCCAUUUCAUCAAGAGCAUUACCAAAAGACAUAAGUUCCGCAUUUAUCUCUCGUAUACAGCCAAUGAAAU